GACGGGAGUAAGUGAACGAGGAGCAGAGGAAUAGUUUGGUGAGGACCGAGGAAUGAAAGAGCGGCGGUUUGGAGCCGGUGAAGGACAGGGAUGGCAUUAAGAAAAUUUCUUAUCUCUCUAUCUCUACCUACACGUCUGUCACAGUAUAUAUAGAGGGUGCGAUUCCUCAAAGGCAGCACGCUACCUACUAUUACUGCUACUAGAACCUCUCUGAGAACUUUUCAGUCUCUCUCUCUCUCUCUCUCUCGCUUCUGCUUUUUCUCUCUGAAGAAAGGUGUAUUUGUAUGGCCGCCAAUUCGAAGAGCACUCAAGGGAUUGCCAGCUUGGGAAAGCGAGUUGUCACCCAGAUCUGGACCGCUAACUACUCUUCAUCAUCUCGCUCUGCUUCUGCUUUCACUGCCAGGAGGCCAGCACACACAUCUGUAUACGACAAGAACCUGGAUGAUAAUGUUAACGCAAGCGCGGUCCCUGACGACGUGAUUCAGCCAGAGUCAGACAAAUAUUGGGCACCCCAUCCGCAAACUGGUGUGUUCGGGCCUGCCACCGAGCCACACUCGGCGGCAGGCGGAGAGCGGGGCGUCUCUGCAUCACCUGCUAACAGUGAUCCGAGCUCAGUUUUAGAGGAAAAGGCCUGGUUCCGCCCCACCAGCCUUGAGGACUUGGAGAAGCCGAAUCACGCUUGAGACUACCUGCAUAAAGCAUAUAUGAGUCUGCCCUGGUUUAUGAAUAAAUGCUGUGAAAUAUUACCAGCUUAUAAAGGUUUGACGAUAUAAACUGUUAAGUACUGUGCAUGCUGGUGAGGAAGGCUUGCUCUUUUUUUUUUUUUUUUUUCUAAAGGCGUGGAAGUAGCUAUACAUGCAAACUUACAUAUUCAGUCGUGACAUGCUUGAUGUACGGAUGGUUGUGGAUCACGAAUUUACAGUAUUAUGUUACAAAGUACUUGAUAA